AUGGCAUUAGAACAAAACAGCGCUUCAAAAAAGAAAAAAAAAUUAGGAAGCUCAAAGAAGGUUAAGAAGAACAAUGGAGCAAAGCUAAAAAAGGGAUCACUACUGAAGAGGAAGAAAAAGAACAAUAACAAAAACGACGACAAAAAAAAGGACAAGUUAGAUGAGCUGUACAAACUGGAAAUUAAAAACUACAAAAAAAAGGGAAAGAAGAGAAAAAAGCAUUACGAUGGAAGUGAACAGGAAGUAGACUCAUCAGACGAUAAUUCUGACCUACUGAAUAACGACUACAGUGAUAUAGAAGAAAUAGCCAAUCAAGUUAAAGAACAAGUUAGCUUAUAUAAAUUUUUACUAAGAACGAGAAUAUUAACGCAGAAGGUUUUGUGCCUGUCCAAUAAAAUGCCCCUUUUGCCAUUCGUUGCAUAUAAUGAAAAAUUAGCAGAGAAAGAAAAAAAAAAUGAAAACGAAGUUUUGGAAAGCGCAGAAAAUUGCACCAACGUUAACGAUUCGCUAAACGAUGUACAGCUUAAUGAAGAAAAAUUAAAAAACGACAUUGGUGAACUGCUAACCGUGUUACAUAAUUUGCUAAAAAAUAAAUUCCUCAAGGUAGAUAUUCCAGUAAAUAAAGACGCAUACAACGAAGUGAACAUAAUUUGUGAUGAAGAUGAUAAACCCUUUUUCGAAAAUAGGACAAAACUAUAUGAGCAAGAUACCACCGAAAGUGAAAAGAAACUCUUUUCAGUAAUUGAUACGUGGUUUAAAUAUUCCAAAAAAAUGUGCCUAAACUUUUUUGACAUUAUGCAUAAAAUAACAAAAAUAAGUUCAGUGAAAAGUUUAAAAACGUAUGAGCAGCCCAUAUCUUCCCAAAUCAGUCAAGUCAUGUUUGACCUGCCUUCCCUGAUUCAGAGUUCCUGUCCACAGGCAAUAAACUAUCACGUUGUAGGGAAAGGGCUCUACGAUCGUCUCUACGGUGACGAAUCAAAUUUUAGCUUGAACCAGUACAUUUACGACGAUGAGGUUUACUAUAAGAAGUUUCUCCUGAACGCCAUCCAAAAUUUGAAGGAUAAUCAGGAAGACAGUGAAUUGCUCAAAUCGCAACGGCAAAUUUACAAAAUAAAAAAAAAAUAUGAAAGCAAGCAUGUGAACAAGGGCAAAAUAAUCUCCUUUGACCCCAUUCCCAAAUUAGUGAAUUUCAUGCUUCCGGAACCGCGCGAUAGCAGAAUCGAAAGCACCUACGAUUAUAUGGACAACCCCGAACUUGUGGAAGUCCUUCUAUCAUCCCUGUUUCAAAGUUAAUUUUUUUGUAUUUGUUUUUUUUUUUUUUCACUUUUUUAAUUUGUUUCCACUUUUUAAAACACGCUCAUCUGAGUGCGCAUUUGUUUUGGUACAUCCUUUUUAUGUUCUCAAUUUUUCAUCAAAAACGGCUCCCUUUUUUUUCUUACCUU